CUUUCGUUUUUUUUAGGCGGCAAGACAAACCCACAGGGGAGCGAAGCUCGUCGGCACCCAAGGAGACGGGAACCGCUUAAAGGGUGGACCUGGUCUCAGUGCGUUUGCUUUUCUUCGCCGAUGGCAUUAGCGGACGUGUCGCCAACAAGGUGACUACAAAGAUGCAGGCUGGUCUGGGGGGGGGCUUGCGAUGCGACGAGGGCAAGCUAGCGAAAUAACCUACCCGAUGCUAGCUUGGGAGGCUGCGUUUCAAGGCCUCGGCUUCCCUUAGAGACAACAAGGCAUAGCUGCAUUAUACAUGGCGUCGACAUCGGCAAUGGCAAACGAAUUUGCCGUGACAGGGGCCCAGCACCUGGUCAAGAUCUGUGUGGUACAUCAUCUGGCCUUGGCCAAUGCAGGUCAUGCUUCCUGUAUCAUACCAGGCAUGCUGCCACCAAUGUCGCAUCUCGCCACGCCUCUCUAACCAGUGUGCAGCCCUAAGUCGUAGCCCAUGGUGUGUAGGCCACUGCAAGCCGCUUCGGUGAGUUAUUUGGAAGAGGCACUCAGGCUGGCGAUGUUGUAUGGGCCUCUGGCCAAUUCAAGCAAUGAUCUGAGACGACAAGGCAUGAGACACCUUGCCGAGAUUAUUAGGCGGCCAUCGCCCUCAAUCAAAUCGUGGCGGACAUUGAGAGAACAAGGGCUCGCUUUUCUUGGGUUUUCUCUUUAAACUUAUCCAUUUGCCUGUGGCAUCCAGUUAUUCCAGCUUUUCCAGGGUGGGUUUAAGCUAGUUGGGGUAUGCAAGACGCAGUGGUUGCUGGCUUUGGGCCGGCUUAAUUGGCCGUUCUUUUUUUUACUUUUUUUGUUUCUUCUACCUAUCCAUCGUUGACGUGCUGCAGGCUGUGAAACGAGGGGGCGAUUGCAAAAAGUCCAACGGAGAUGAAAGCUGUGCUUGAAGAGACGGGUUUGUUAAAUGGCGUUGUUGCAGUACCGUGUCAGAUAAGCUCAAGCAAGCAUACUGGCACCCAGUCAUUCUCAACAAGACGGUCGUUCUUUACGCUGGCCCACGUCAGAAACAAGCGGGUGCUCUCAUUCAGGCUAAUGGCAAUCGAAAGACAGCGCGAUCGUGUUGGCCUGUGCCGCCCUUGUUCCGCGUUGAUCAUGCAAAAGGUAGACCGAGUAGCUGGAGCUAUGGGGGCGUCAGGUGGCGGCCUAUGGCUUGAGGCAGCAAGGAGGUUGGCUUGCAGAAUGGGACUUCUUGGGCAGAAAGUGAGACAGCCUCCUUUCAAUCACAGUGCCACCAGAUUAAUGCAGAGGAACAGGUGAAAAAGGCACUUUGGUUAGGUUUCUUUCAUGUGACGAGAAAAGUACCUUUCGCCCGCGGGGUGUUGCUCGCACAACUCGGAUUAUGGGUUUCCGAAGAAUUGCGGUGCCAAGUACAAUAAAGUAAUUAUGCACAAUGUUAGUUGAGAUGUACCAGCUGGUGCAAGCUCACGGUGCGAUGGUGAUGUUUUGUUUAAAACUAGAUGGACCACAGGACUGGUGUAGUUGUAGUUGGUGUCUCUUGUUCCUUUGCUGCGCACUGCAGACAGUCCCGGUGCCAGGUGCCAGGUGCAUGGUUGCUUAGCAUAGGUGGCCCUGGUUGUCUAUGAUACUGUACUGUAUUUUCCUUCCUCACUAACCAUAGCCACCUGGCCUCAACACCUUUUAAGACCGAGAACCGCCCUUGCUGCGCUGAACCAGAUGCCAGAGCCCUGGGAUGCGGAUGCCCUGGAAUUUACAGGCGCCUUUAGCGGCCACACUCCCGCCUUUAGCGCCCUUUUCUCAGCUCUCCCAGCGCGCGUCCCGCCUGCACUAACGCCCCGCGAUCGCUGGCGGCAAGACAUUCAGCCCCAGUAAAACUCUUCUCUCCUCUUCUUCUCUCGUCACUGCCUUUCAGCUGCUCAUUUCUGCCUCCUCAGUCGUCGUUGCCGCCCUGGCUGGUGCAAAAAGGAAAUCUUGGAGACGAGAUCAAAAUUUGGGGGCGUCCUUUCCUGCCAUUGGCCCUUCACAUUGCCUUCCUUUGCCCUCCUGACCAAACAAUUAGCUAUCCAGUCAUGAUAGCCCCCUAAGACGCGUUUCGCCACCAUCAAACACCACAAACCUCACUCACACGCAACCAAUUACCCCUGCGGCUGUUCACGAUGCGUCGAGCUGCCUUCCACAGACUGAAUUCGAGCGCCCUACGCAUCCACCUUCGCUCCCCCAAGCCCCGAUGCUAUUCAGCCAAAGUCCCUGGCGAUGACAAGCGCGCCAUCAGAACACUGGCCGAUAUCAAGGAAUUCCGCCCUGCCCAGCAUGUCUCGGAUAUCGAGGUGUGUGGCUGGGUUCGAUCCGUCCGCAAGAGCUCAGGUGUUCGCUUUGUCGACUUGACCGAUGGCUCCUCCAUGCGCCCCGUUCAAGCCGUCGUGGACAAGAAUCUAUCAGCUGACAUCCGCCCUGGCACAGCUGUGCGCUUCAAAGGAACUUGGAAACCUGGGAAUGAUACAUCAGACGCACAUGUUUCAGCAACCUCUGACAUUGUUGACGAGUCACAACCUGCACAGCCAACCCAGUCGGAGGAUGGCCAACCAACCACCAUGUCAGAGCUCCAGGUCAGCUCAGUCGAAAUCCUAGGAAGUUCUGACCCUGCUACGUAUCCGAUACAAAACAAGUAUCAAACGCCGGAAAGCUUGCGGACCAUUACACACCUACGGUCUCGCACACCACUAAACUCUACUUUAUUGCGGCUGCGAUCUGACACAAUUGCGAUGUUGACGCAAUUCUUCUUCACCCAACAGUUUCAGCAAACCAAUCCACCAAUUAUCACUUCAUCGGACUGUGAAGGUGCUGGUGAGGCUUUCAUGGUAAAGGCCUCAGGAAAGGAAGAGUUCUUCCGUGACACCAAGUAUUUGACUGUAUCUACUCAGCUGCACUUAGAAUCGUUGGCACAAGCAUUAGGAAACGUAUGGACUCUAUCGCCUACAUUUCGAGCUGAAAAGUCAGAUACGUCUCGCCAUUUAAGCGAAUUCCAAAUGCUGGAGGCAGAAGUGAGUUUCGUUGACGAUAUGGAAGAUGUCAUGCACUUAGUGCAAGAUAUGCUCCGAUCAGUUACGCGGGGACUUUGUGGUCUCCGCGCCGCCAAUGAACUGCAUUGGAACAGACUGGACUCUCGGGAUCCAGCCGAAAAGCUAGCCUUUGCAGACCUGACGGAAUCGUCUGAGCUCCAACGGCGAUGGAGUGGUUUAAUGACAGACAAAGUAUGGCCGCGAUUGACUUACACGGAAGCAAUCGAGAUGCUCCAGCCUGUUGCUGAUCAAUUUGAACAUAAACCUGUCUGGGGAGCCGGUCUACAGUCUGAACAUGAGAAGUAUCUUGCUGAGAAGGUUGGAUUUGACGAGGCGAACAAUGCCUACAUGCCCAUCUUUAUCACGCAGUACCCCCGUGAAAUUAAAGCCUUCUACAUGCGGCAAUCUGCAACACCGUCGCCUCAAGGCGAGACGGUGGACUGCUUCGACCUCUUAGUUCCCAGUUUAGGUGAGCUAGCUGGUGGUUCUAUGCGUGAACAUCGUCUAGCAGAACUGGAAGACAACUUACGCCUUCAUGGAUUAGAGGUACCAAAGAAGCGCAAAGCCAGCGGCGACAAUUCCCUUAGCUGGUACCUAGACCUCCGACGCUGGGGAUGUCCUCCCCACGGAGGCUUUGGACUCGGCUUCGAUCGGCUGCUCAGUUACAUGACUGGCGUACAGAAUGUCCGAGACGUGGUGCCGUUUCCUCGCCACUUUGAGCGAUGUGAUUGUUAAUGGAGCCUCAGCAGCUCCCAGGAGACAUACCGUUGGCUAGCUGUGUGCCAACGGCUGUAUCUGUACAACAGCAGCAAGCUAGACACAGAGAGGCCACAUUCGAGCUAUUCUCCUCACGCAUUGGUAAACCGCCAGUCUCUGCAAACGUACUCGUUGCACCCGGGAUUCGGCUAUCGAAUACGACGGGCGUAAGACUCGACUCGCGUGGCAACCGGUACUGAGCGGGAACCGGCGCAUUUGGAAGGCACAGAGUUUCGAUGCACACCUCACACGGCAUCAUGAUCGCCGUGACCCAUGUAUAACACCUGUAUAUAGACUAAUACCCCCAAUCCAUUCUCACAACACAUGAACAAGUAUAAGCACAGGUGUAUCUGAUUGGCCCAUCUUUGUCCAUGUCAUUACCAAAAGACCCUACCUUCUCGAGAAAGCUGUUGCACAGCCUCAAUGGGAUCCUCUUUUUCAUGCACCAUCGAAGAUGGAUGUAACCCUGACAGUUCGGCUCACCGGCCCAAACAUGCAUAUGCUGAGUUUUACACAGGGUUCCACGCCCCUUCCUCAAACAAGCUAUUCGAAAGCAAUUGCCUAUUCCAGUCUGUGACAGCGGUCGGAACUUCGGCCACGAUAGUGGAGAGCAAGUCACGGCAAGACAAGCCGAUGCAGACAGUAAUCCCUCUACUGUAAGCGUUGCAUUGAGUCGUUCUUUUGCAUUUGACAGCAUGCUAAGAUGCAUGGCUAGGUCCUUUUUGUCAAUUUAGCUGCUCUAUGCGCGGGAAAACGGUUAUGUUUAAGAGUUAUGCCGAUUCCUUAAGCCGUACACAAUGAGAAGGCACCUUUGUGUCCAUUGAGGCAGUUACAGUUCAGGGGCAUCUGUGUGUGGCGAUUGGCAACACUGGCAUUACCGCUGUAAUAUAUCUGUUCGGGAUUACCAUUGCGUACCCGGGAUAAGCAUAUUCGUGAACCUUUCGGCAAAACGGCACUCUCUGGGGUGUGUACGCUUGCCGCAUUGUCAGGCCCUGCCCAUCGGCCCGCUGCAUGCUUGCCACAUUCUCGAAAAGCAAUAGUCUGAACGGAAUGAGGUAAUGGUGCUUCACCGACGUGGUCAACCCGGGCCCGCACACCCUCUCUGCAUUACCCUUACCAGCAGCUUGCCCAGGGGACGGAUAACCGGCAGCGAUGGAUGUGCUAUUGGGGCGGGGUGAGCGUACCCCAGGCACACACGCAGAGCUGACCUACAACCAACGGUCCUAUGGAUGCUUGGUGUGCUGGUGCUGGCUGCAUGAAAGACGGAACCCACGUGUAGAAAGCGGGCUGUCAUACUAAGCUUUUCGGUGAGCAGAGAGCAUUCGUUUCGGCCGCAGAUUCGGUGGAGCCUGGGUCGCGAUGCACGCGCAACGAGAUGAGUAUCCCUCCCGAGUCGAACACCAUGUAGGGCGUUCAAGCCGCCUAGGGCAUUACGGUGGCUGGGACUUGUCUACAUGGUGCGUUGGUCGUGCCGUAGGAGCCGUUAUUUAGGGCCCAAAUAGGAUACAAUGCCGCGUCUCGGGUUUCUCGGUUUUGCAGGACGGACCAAGUGUACGUAUUCGGCACAGUUAUGUUGGGGUAUGGGUUAGAUUAUUGAUCCAUUUUCUGUGGAAUAUCAGUUGGUGAAUAAGCGUUCAUACUCGGUAACGGGGUAUUGUUGUGCUCGGUUUGUGCUGCUCCGGUAUAAGUGCUUGGUCCGAUAACCACCCUUUCGUCACUAGGAAAGUAAACUACGCAAACUUGAUAAAAAAGGCGCCAGGUGAACAUUGUGUCAGAUGCUUAUGCUGAAGCAUAGAUGGCUUGCAUGGUGUAAUUUUUGGCUGACAGAGUAUAGAUUAGCGGAAGAUCUUACCUGAGCCACAAACAUCGGAUUCUACCCGGGAUCAGUCUAUUGUUUUUAGAACAUUGUUAAACAAUUGUUUCCUUUUCAUCGCGAUUUUGUGUGGUAUAUGUAAUAUAUUCGUAGGAAUUUAAUCAUUGUAUUUUAAUCGUAUUUAUCCACGUACGUUUUUCUAAACAGUUGUAUUGCGUUAAACGCAUCCUAUGGGCGCUUGCUUGCUGUACGACAGACGCUGUAGGAUCGAAGUUGCAUAACCACACGU